AUGCGAUCGACCGACGCUGCAUGUUUGACAUGUCGCCAAAAAUCAAGACGAUGCGAUCGUGCUCGGCCGAUGUGCAAGCGCUGCAUCAGCAGGGGACUGCAAUGUGGCGGGUAUCCUGACAAGUUUCGAUUUUGCGGGAUUGCCACCCGAGGAAAGUGGAGGAAUCAGAAUGUGCCAGUCGACCAAGUUGCUACAUCCCCAACAACUCAAGUCCAAAAUGCGUCAAAUGAUACUUCUCCUGCGCCAAGCACUCGUGACGAAUAUCCCACUUCUCCAGAUAACUCUACACCCAGUGAUGAGCAAGAAAUCAAGAGAGUUCUUGCUUCUGCGGAGACUGGAAUGCUCAUUACACAUUAUGAUCGUGUGAUCUGUCCCCAUCAAAUAGCCCUCCGUGUCGAAAGCAAAAACCCUUAUCGGGUCUAUGUUCUCUCGCUGGCUUACGAACAGAUUGGACUGUUACAUGCCGUGCUUGCAUUAUCAGCCUGCCAUUUUGGUCAUCUGAAUUCGAACAAACAUUUCCAUGAAGCGGUUGCUGUGGAUUAUCGACUAAAAGCUAUUGCUGAGCUUGGCGUUGCAAUUAGAAAAGUAAGCUCGGGAGACUUCAACGAUAGUGAUCGAGAUGGCGUGUUCGCUACGAUCCAAAUUCUCCUCCUCCAUGAUAUCUGCGAAUCGGGUGUCUCCUUGCACGGGGCUCAUAUAUCCGGUGCUAUGUCUAUAUGUUCCCAGUUAAAGCUGGACCAACGGCUGACUGUCUCUGAUGAGAGAACAGUUUUCUUUCUGGGAAAUCUGGCUUGGCUAGAUAUCAUCCGGUCCUUUUCUGCCCCAGAGAGACUUUGCUUUCCUCAGAAACUUCGCGAAAAGCUACUGUCUCUAUGUGACUUACGAUUUGAGUCGGUCAAUGGCUGUCCACGAGAGCUAGUCUUGGUGAUUGGCAACGUGCUUGAGCAUACGAAAGCUCACUCGACAGGCAGAAUAAGUACGGAAGUCUUUCAAAAUGUUCUGAAGGGCUCGAUCCAAAAGUUCUAUCUUUGGGAUAGCUCUCGUUGCUUCUUUCCAGACGCAAAUUCACUUUGGCUAUCGGUUGCCGAGGCCUUCCGCCAUACCUGUAUCCUCUCUACUAGACGCCUCCUCGAUGAUACUGAAUCAGCUUUUACGCCCCACAUACAAGAGUCGGUGAAUCAGAUUCUAGACUCAAUCUCGAAUAUUCCAGCUUCUAGUCCAUUGAUUGAACUCUUGGUACUUCCACUUUUUAUAGCAGGUGCCGACUGCCUUUCUCAGCAUUCCCGGCAUUACAUCAUGUUGCGAUAUGCAGAGAUCAAAGCUAGAUCUGAAAUGGGAAUUUAUGCACCACAGGACAUUCUUGAGAAGGUUUGGCAAGCACGGGCACAACAGUCAAACCAUGAUAGAAACAAUGUGCCAUGGAGACCUUUUCGAGGAUUGUCACAAGUUGAUCUAGAAAAUGGCCGCAACAACAUGCUUGAGCAGUUCUUUGUAUUUCAACAGGAAGAGCCAGAUAAAUCGAACGACAUACGUAUUGCGUCGAUGACUGCUAGGAAAAGGUUUGCCGGAAAUGACUCAACACAUCUGUCUAUCUUGGCCGUCCUCUACUACCACACCCUUGGAAACCUCGAUGCCAACUUGAAGGAGCAGCUGGUAGGCGAUACCAUAACCUUGAACAAAUCACAAAAUUCCGCAUGGAACUGUCUUUGA